GUUGUCGACUGCUUACAUUAAUUGAAAUUGUGCGCAGGAAACUCACUGAUGUGAUUGUGUCAUCAUCGCCGGAUGCUUAGUAAUAAUCUUGUUUUAUUUUCAAUCUUUGCUUAUCAACGUAAUCGCGCGAGCGCUGGUUUGGAAAACUUAAAAAAAAACGAGCGAUGAAUAUACCUUCAUUAGUAGACGGAAAGUUGGCUCAACGUAUAUGCACAAUUAAUUGAUCAAUUGCAAUUCGAUUAAAUUUAUUCACCGGAAAAAUGAAGUACGACGUUUGCAUGGAUAAUUUGUCCAAUUAUCGUAGAACGCACGUUCGCAAAGAAAAUCGAGAAAUAAACGUAUACAAAAGGCGGUGCAACAUUUAUAGUCCAGCAGCAGCUCUUCGCUCUUGUAUGUGUCUGUGCGCGCGUCUGACAUCGUAACAGUGCCUACGUUUCCCUCACGAUGACCAUGAUGGAUCCGAAACAAAUAACAACAAUGUUGACCGAAAUGGAUCAGCUUCCUUCGCUCAAGCUGGGCGACUUGACAUUGGAGUUCGAGCUCUGGGAGCCCAAUGCCGAGAUUCAGGAGGUGGCCAGAAAAGAACUUCGCGAAACACCAGAAGUCCAGAAGCAAGCUGUUCAAGAUCUCAAGAACCUUCUCAAAGCUGAAACUGACUUGAAAUGCCCAUUGGACAACGACGCCUGGCUGAUUAGAUUUUUACGGCCAAGCAAAUAUUAUCCCGACUCGGCAUUGAAGCUCGUGAAGAAUUACUACAGCUUCAAAGUGAAGCACGCUAACGUGUACGAUGGUCUAAAGCCCAGCAACGAGGGAAACAUUUUCAAGCAUAAUAUACUCACGGUGCUACCCAAUCGUGACCAGCAUGGUAGGCGAAUCCUCAUUAUUGAGCUUGGCAAGAAGUGGAAACACCAGGAGGUUACCCUCGAUGAAGUUUUUAAGGGAUGCGUAUUAUACCUUGAAGCCGCAAUGCUCGAGCCAACGUCACAAAUCGCAGGAGCCAUUGUUAUCUUUGACAUGGAUGGUCUGUCCCUUCAACAAACGAUGCAAUUCACGCCGCCCUUUGCCAAACGAAUCGUCGAUUGGUUGCAAGAUGCCAUGCCCCUUAGAAUCAAAAAUAUCCACAUUGUCAACCAACCCUACAUCUUCAACAUGGUCUUUGCUCUUUUCAAGCCGUUCCUCAGGGAAAAGCUGAAGAACAGAAUCGUUUUCCACGGGAAAGAUCGCAAAUCUUUGCACAAAUAUAUUUCGCCCAAAUGCUUGCCAGAAUGCUACGGUGGAACUAUUUCAAUCCCAAGGGUAACUGGCAGCCAGUGGCUUGAACUGCUGAUGAUGUGUGACAAAGAAUACGAAGCAAUCAAUUCAUAUGGAUACAAGAAGUAGAGCUCGACCGGUGAUGUAUUUACCGACACGUCAAUGGAAUCAUCUUGUCGUCGUCGAUACUCUACGAAAAAUGUAUUCCCCAGCGUUUUUUAGAUCGCAAAACUUGCUGUAAAUACGUCUACGUGGUCGUUGAUCGGCCGAGUUUACUUAAACAAAUCUCGGGACUUCCAAGUUGAGAUCUUCAACUUCAGUAAUCAAAAUUUUGUUAAAAUCAACAACACAUGAAGUGAAUUAUCUUUUCUGUUUUAAAUACGUAAUAGAAAUAUAUAUAUAUAAUUAGUUGAAUUUUUCUUUUUUUUUAAUGAUAUUGUUAGCGAUUAUUACUAUAGUAAUACAUGAAGCAAGUUUUAGGAUAUUCGUGAUAGAGCGGAACGGUUAUUAUUGUUAUAUAUUUUAUAAUUUUUAAUAUUGUAAAUUAGGUAAGGUUUCAUCUUGUAAUUACAUAUAAUGAUUUUCAUGUUUUUUGUACACCUCUUGUAAAUGUAGUCCACGGCCCUAUAUAAAAGCAAAUAUCAACAAAAAUGCAAGUGUAUUUUCAUCUACAAUCUAUAAAAAAGCGAGAAAGCAGUGUAAUUGAAAAUAAAAAAUUUUACGUUGGUUUUAUAGUAUGCGACUUGUGAAAAUUGUCAUUGUAGCCGUGUAGUGUCGGAAAAUGGAGUAUUAGAGUGAAAAAAAUGAAUUCUUCAUGUGCGGAGAAUCGAGGCAACCCUUAAUGUCAAUUAAAAUGUGAAUUAGAUCGUGCUGUAAUGAUAUUUAUAAAUCCACAUCUCUCUUUUUUAUUACACUAUCGAAUUUACAAUAAAUAUAAAACACUGAUUCGUAAA